AUUACAUUGUUUUGAUAUGGCCGCCUGACAACAGAUUCUGCCAUCACAUUUAUAUGUCGUCCAGCUAACACAUUCAGGAUGCCAAGUGCAGGAGCACUAUGUCCCCCUCAAAUUACCCCCAUCAGGAGGGUCCCAGACAGGAUACAGCUGCCAGUCAACCAUAUUGAUGUCAACACCCUCAUCGAGCUAUCUACAGAGGGUAACAACUGUAAGAUAUUCUUCACCACUGAUGGGACCAAGCCAUGUCCAUUCCAACGGAAGAUUGCAGGGCGGGAAGUCACAUAUAAAUACAUCGCACCCUUCACACUGAAGCCAGGGAAGAGAGUGCUGAAGGCUGUUUGCACUACAAGGGAUGGACUACAGGAAAGCGCGGUUGUUACAAAGACGUUUAACGUGGAUGAGUUGAUCGAGGAAACUGUUGAAACAUCUGAUGGCUACGACUACAGCAGCUACAGCAGCUUCUUUGAAACCUCUGAUACAGACACUUCCAAGUCCACAGUCAAGUCCAGAUCAAAACCCAAGAAAAGACAGAAAUCUCCAACACGCAAACCUCGCAAUCAUGUGACCCGAGAAGCGUGGGCCAGUGAGGGAGACGUGGAGGGGCGAGAUGUUGGGGCCAUGGGGGAGACAGCCUACCCACCUGUUCCAGACGGCCCCUUCAACCCCACCAACUACUCAGGGACACAGAUAAAUGUGUGGGGUGGGGCACCACCAGGGGUGGUGAGUGGACAGCCAGGAAAUUUGAUAUUAGGAGGGUCCCCUCAGUCUCCGUACCCAGUCCAAUAUGGCUUCCUUACAGAACAGAUGAUACAGAAACUGAAUGCUGCUAACCGGCCAGUGACAGUGGGGGAGCUGCGCCAUCUGAUGGAGGAGGCCAGCAGGAACCAAGCUCCGCCUCCCCCUCCCCCAGUACCAGCACCUGCUCCAAAGCCAGCUAUAGAGUACAAGCCAGUGUAUAAAGACCCACCCCUGGAACCAGUCAGUCCAGGGAAAGGUGACUUCAAAGGCAACCUACUCCAUGUAUACGCCCACAUGUUGGAACAUGCGAAAAACAACGGCGACUUCCGACUGCGAGUAGCAGAACCACGGAUGGGCAAGGUACUAGAGGGGAAGUUGGAGGAUGAAGGAGACGGCUUCAAACUGACGGUUGUUCUCUCCAAACCCGGAGUGCCGAGGGGUACAGUAAAGAAGAAGAAGCCACCACCAGCAGCAGCUGCACCACCACCCACCCACCCUCCCUGGAAGCCAACUGGUAGUGCCUCGGACACCUCCAAGAAGUCAGAGAAACAGGAGAAGCCAAAGAAGAAGGAUCCCCCAGUUAAGAAGGAUCCUUACUAUGCCAUGGAAACUGAGGAUCUCAAUCAAGAGGGUACAGUGGUGCCAUAUGCAGCCUUCAAUGCGGAACAAGAUGCUGAAGUCCUCAAACAAGCAAUGAAGGGCCUGGGGACGGACGAGAAUGCCAUCAUCAACGUGCUGCCCUACCGGUCCAACCCUCAACGGAUGGAAAUUGUCUCAAUGUAUAAAACAAUGUUUGGAAAGGACUUGAUAGAGGACUUGAAGUCUGAGCUGAGUGGAUCAUUCCAGGAUGUGGCCAAGUUCCUGUGCAUGGCCCCAGCUGAAUUUGAUGCCUACCUGCUCCGCAAGGCUAUCAAGGGUCUAGGAACUGAUGAGGAUGUCCUCAUCGAGGUGCUAUGUACACGUUCCAACGCCCAGAUACAGGAGAUCAAGAAGAAGUAUAAAGAAAAGUUCAACAAGGAUCUUGAGAAGGACAUCAUUGGCGACACCUCGGGUCACUUCAAGCGCCUCCUGGUGACAUUGGUCCAGGCCAAACGGAGCGACUCUACCGAGGUGGACCGAAACAAGGCCCACCAGGAUGCCAAGUCUUUGUAUGAAGCAGGGGAGAAGAAGUGGGGGACGGAUGAGUCCAAGUUCAAUGUCAUUCUAGGCUCUCGAAGCUACCCACAACUUCGAGCCAUGUUUGAGGAGUACAAGAAGAUAUCCAAGAAGGAUAUUGAAGAUGCGUUGAAGAGUGAGAUGUCGGGAGACAUACUCCGAGGGAUGCUCACAAUAGUGCGCUGUGUGAAGAACAAGUUCGGCCAUUUUGCCCGGCAGCUACAGAAGACCAUGAAGGGUCUGGGAACAGAUGAUGACACGCUGUGCCGCGUGGUGGUCAGCCGAUGUGAGAUAGACAUGGUGCAGAUUAAGGAGGAGUUUGAGAAGCUGACUGGACAGACUCUGCAACAAUAUGUAACAGAUGACAUUUCUGGAGAUUAUCGUAACAUCAUCCUGGCUCUAGUGAAUGGCGGACCACCUCCUGCCUCCAGUGUGCAGUCGGGGAAGGGUUUUGUGGAGGCAGUGAAGAAUAAAACUGAGGAAGAACUUGAUGAAGAGGUUCGCUUAGAAACAGAGAAAGUGGAGGCUGACCCGACGGUCACUCCAUUCGAGGGCUUCAACGCUGAGCAGGAUGCAGAGGCCUUACGUAAAGCCAUGAAAGGUUUCGGUACGGAUGAGAAGGCUAUUAUCAACAUCCUGGCCUACAGAUCCAAUGAACAGAGAGUGGAGCUAACCUCAAAAUUCAAGACAAUGUUUGGAAAGGACCUGUCGAAGGAGCUGUCGAGUGAGCUGAGUGGCAACUUCAAGACACUCUGCUUGGACAUGUUGUUGUCUUCAGCAGAGUUUGAUGCCAAGAAACUCAACAAGGCUGUGAAGGGCCUGGGGACAGACGAGAAGGUGCUUGUGGAGAUAAUCUGUACCAGGACCAAUGAGCAGCUCAAGGUCAUCAAGGAGACAUACAAGACAAUGUUCAACAAGGAUCUGGAGGCAGAUGUCGCUUCUGACACGUCUGGUCAUUUCAAGAGCCUCCUGGUGGCAUGUCUGCAAGCCAAUCGUCCAGAGGAGCCCACAUUUGACCGUAACCAGGCCAAGCUUGAUGCUCAGGAGCUUCUGGAUGCUGGGGAGAAGAAAUGGGGGACAGAUGAAUCCCGAUUCAACGUGAUCCUGGUUUCCCGUAGUUACGCUCAGCUGAGAGCAACAUUCCAGGAGUAUGCCAAGCUGGCCAACAAGGACAUCGAGGACACCAUAACAAGCGAAAUGUCAGGGGACCUGAAGGAAGGAUUCCUUGCAGUCGUCAAAUGUAUCCGCAACAAAGCAUUCUACUUUGCAUCGGAACUGCACCGAGCUAUGAAGGGUCUUGGUACGGACGACAACACGCUGGUACGUGUUGUUGGGUCUCGGUGUGAGGUGGAUAUGGUGCAGAUCAAGGAGGAGUUCCAGAGGAACUUCAAACAGACUCUGGGGAUGUUCAUCAAGGAUGACACCUCUGGGGACUACCGAACCAUGCUGUUGGCUCUGAUCCGUGACGAGAGUGUAGGCAAGAAGAAGUAAAUGAGCCAUCCUCCAGCAACAAUAACCACUUCCAUCUGAUAUUCACAACAGAACUGCUCUGUAAUUCCUACUGUAAAAUGACAACCAUAUCUCAUAUAUAGGGUAGUUCCUUCCAAGACCUGUAAUCAUCUAGUCCAACUGCACAGCUGUGUAUUAUUGUAGAGCAUAUACAUCCUCGUGAGAUAACAAUACAUUUGCCAAUUAUUUCACACACACUUGCAAUUUUCAAACACCUCAGCCAGAGAAGCAAUUGCUUUUCCUAUUUUCAACCAGAACAUUCCUACACAAUGGAGAACAUUCUAGCACUGCACGAAUCCUUGCCUGGUUGUGAAUGUUCUCAGCACAUGCAUUCCAUCUUUGUAGGCAUUCUGUCUUUUAAAUUUCUGAUU